AUGGCUGGGGGGACCUCACACCGAUCCACGCUUAAAAAGGACCAUAAGCGGUUCAAGCUGCGGCACCUGACCAAAGGUCAGCUCAAAAAUGAGCACAAGGGUAAGGUGGAAAAGACCGCCGCCGGCAAUAAAGGCCGAAGUCGCCCUUUGUCUAAAAUCGAAAGACGCAACCUCGCCAAACAGUUGAAGCAAAACAAGAUCGAUGACACGAAACAAAUCCGCCGGAUGUACGAUCUGGUGGAGAAGAACGUGUGUGUGAUUUCACUUACCGAAGAUGUCGAUCCCGUCGUGAUCGCACAACGAUUACUGGGCAGUGAAGACCAAUUGGCAUACCCUUCGAUCACCGUGGUGAAGAACACUCGGUUCAAGCUGACAAUGCGUUUCGUCAUCCCCGACCACUCCCUGAUGCUCGCAAUCUUGGACGCUGCUCGCGUGGCUGAUUUUGUCGUGUUUGGGUUGUCGGCCACCGAGGAAGUGAGCCCGCAAUUUGGUGAACAAAUAUUGCGUGGGGUCAUUGGCCAAGGUAUUGCUCUGGCAGUGGGGGUGCUUCCCAACUUGGUGCUGGCCUACCCCAAGCGUAACUUACAAUUGGAUGUGCGCCAAUCGCUUCAAUCGUUCUUCAACCACUUCUUCCCCGCCGAAGACAAGUUGUAUGCCUUAGAAGUGGAGCUGGAAUUGCUCAAUUGCCAACGGGUGUUCUGCCAACGCAUUCCUCAGCAGAUCACUUGGAGAGACCACCACCGCGGGUGGUUGCUUGCUGACAAUGUUGGCCACGACGGCAACCACUUGGUGUUGGAAGGGGUGGUGAGAGGUAUUGGUCUUCACGCCAACCGUUUAGUUCAUCUUCCGAACUUUGGUGACUUCCAAAUUGCUAAGAUCGAGCUUAAGGAAACUGAAUACCUUCCCGAUGAAGACCGGGAUACUUUAGAUCAAUUGAACCCUGAAGUCGAUAUGGAAGACGUUAACGAUGACAUCGAAGACUUCUACAGCGAAGGUGUUCGUAUGGAAGGGCGCCUGUAUAUUGACGCUGGCAACAACCGUCCCACUCGUCGUUUUGCUUUGCCUAAGGGGACUCUGGACUACCAAGCUAAGUGGUUGAUUGACGACGUGUUGGAGGAUGUCAGUGACGUUGAAGAAGAAUCUGAAUUCACUGGGUUCGACAACGACGACGCCAUGGAAGACGACCAAGACGUUGAAUUCGACGAUACCGCCUCCAUGGCCCCUACGGAAGCCACCGGGAUGCACAUUGAUCUUUCGCCCGAGGAGGAAGAGAGACAGCUUGCGGAGUUCCGUAAACUCGAACACGAAGACGCCGAAUUUCCCGACGAAAUUGAAUUGCACCCCAGUGAAUCGGGUAAGGAGCGUCUCGCGGCUUACCGUGGGGUCAAAUCCUUGGCUGGUUGCGACUGGGAUUACGAUGAAUUCGAUGUCGAAGCUCCUCAAGAGUGGCUGAAAUUGUUACGUGUUGGUAACUACAAGGCUACCGCCAACAAGUUGCACAAGGAUGCCGAAGCCGCCGCUCAAUGUGGCAUGGGUACCCGCGUGAGACUCUACAUCGACGCCCCGGCAGCAGUGAUGGAAUCGUUGAACCCCCAGGUUGCCCCCGUGGUCGUGUUCGGCUUGAUGCCCCACGAGAACAAGUACGGGGUGUGCAACUGGCAAUUCUCGAAGUGGGAAGACUACGAGAAGCCCAUUGCCUCCGAACAACCGCUCGUGGUGCAAUACGGGUUCAGAAGAAUCAUCAUCAACCCGUUGUUCUCGGGCCAACAGCAUCACAAGAACAACGUCCAGAAAUUCGAGUCGUUCGUCCACGACCUGGCUGUGGCCACGGCGUUGGCCCCCGUCACGUUUUCGCAGGCGCCGUCGCUUUUCUUCAAGCCCACUUCCGAAGGCUUGGGCGUGGAGUUCGUCGGGCAAGGUACUUUCCUCAACUGCGAUCACACCCGUAUCAUUGCUCAAAGAGCUGUUCUCACCGGUCACCCGGUCAAGAUUCACAAGCGGGUGGUCACGGUGCGGUACAUGUUCUUCAACACCGACGACAUCAAUUACUUCAAGGCAAUCCCCUUGUUCACCAAGCUGGGGCGCACUGGUUUUAUCAAGGAGUCGUUGGGUACUCACGGUUACUUCAAGGCUACUUUCGACGGCAAGUUGACUUCGCAAGACAUUGUUGGCAUGAGCAUGUACAAGCGGGUGUGGCCCCGUAUGGCUCAGGAGUUUACUCCGUAA